CCACCAUUGUCGGUGCGAUGCUAUGCGCGCACGCGCGUGCCGACGCCGCAUGGAGAGGUGUUCUGUCACCUGUACCGCAACAACCAUGACAGCAAGGAGCACCUUGCGCUUGUGGUCGACUGGGAGCAGAACGAUGAGGAUGCCAUGCGGCUUGCUCAACAGCAAGUAAGAGAGGGGGCACUGGUAACACCGCUCGGGAAGCUCAGGAGUCGCACACUGGAAGAGAGAUGGGGCACAGAUGAGACCGAGAUCGAGCGGAUCGUGCGUGGCGCAUACGUAGGAAGACUCGGGCCGACCUUUCAGCGAGCAACCGUUGCUCCACGAGUCGCGGGCACCACUCUUUCGCAUUUAUCAUCCCAGCAAGCACCAGCACAAGACGACGCAGCGCCGCUUGUUCGCAUUCAUUCCGAAUGCUAUACGGGCGAGACGAUCGGCUCGCAGCGGUGCGACUGCGGCGAACAACUAGACGAGGCCAUCCGUCUUAUCUGCUCCUCUGGCCGCUCGUACGCGUCGGGCAAGCCGCGCGGUGUGGUUGUCUACCUGCGCCAGGAAGGUCGCGGCAUCGGGCUGCUUGACAAGCUGAUGGCGUACAACCUGCAAGACAUGGGCCAUGACACUGUCUCGGCGAACGUCUUGCUUGGACACUUGCCUGAUGCGCGCAAAUACGACAUUGCCAGCGCCAUCUUGCGCGACCUUGGUGUUGAUGAGUGUCGGUUGCUGACGAACAACCCGGAAAAGAUGGAGGCGCUCGAGGCAGAGGGCGUCCGCGUGACAGAGCGCGUCGCGAUGGUGCCGCGCAUGUGGAGACGCAGCACGCGCAAGAUGCGCAAGCUUACCGCCGCCGCCGCCUUUGGUGCUGCUGCUCACGCGCUGCGGCGCAGCGGCGCGACGAUGCUUGGCGGGAGUGUCACACGAGGACCGGAGCUGGAAAAGUACCUCCGGACCAAAGUGGAGAGGAUGGGCCACAUGCUUGAGCUG